AUGGCAGACACAGCCAGAAGAAAUCAAACGGCCAUCACAGAGUUCAUCCUCCUGGGACUGGGGGAGCUCCCUGACCUGCAAAUUCUUCUCUUCCUGAUGUUGCUAUUUAUCUACUUCGCAACAGUGGCCGGGAACAUCCUCAUCAUUGUAUUAGUUGUGACUGAUCAGCACCUUCAAACUCCCAUGUACUUUUUCCUGGGGAACUUGUCCUGCUUAGAGACCUGCUACACCUCCACCAUCCUAUCCAGGUUACUGGCCAGUCUCCUGACUGGGGACAAAACCAUCUCAUUCAGUGGCUGUUUCACACAACUGUAUUUCUUUGCUUCUCUGGCAUGUACAGAAUGCUAUCUCCUAGCAGCAAUGUCUUAUGAUAGGUAUUUAGCGAUAUGUAAACCCCUGCACUAUUCAACUCUUAUGAAUAGCAAGUUUUGCCUCCAGUUGGCUGCUGGAUCAUGGUUAAAUGGUUGUUUGGCUACUGCUAUCUUUAUAUUAUUCAUGUUACAGUUAAAAUUCUGUGCCCUGAAUGAAAUUGACCAUUUCUAUUGUGAAUCCAUCCCAUUGAUAAAAGUCUCCUGCAGUGACACACACCUGAUCAUAUUGCUUGAUUUCAUUCUAGCCUGUGUAUUCACUCUGCCUCCAUUCCUACUAACCCUGACAUCCUAUGUGUGUGUCAUUGUCACCAUCCUGAGAAUCCCUUCCACCAUCGGGAGGCUGACGGCAUUUUCCACCUGCUCCUCUCACCUCAUUGUUGUGACAAUUUUUUAUGGAACCAUAAUGAUUGUGUACAUGCUGCCAAAACGCAAUACACUGGGAGACCUGAACGAAGUGCUCUCUCUUUGCUACACAGUCCUGACUCCCCUGGUAAACCCCCUCAUCUACAGCCUGAGAAACAGAGAGGUCAAGGAAGCCUUGUGGAAAGCAGUCAGCAAAUGUGACUUUCACAAAAACAUGCAGAGACUCUGA